AUGGCAUCAGACUAUCCAGUUACGUUUUCUGACGCGACAUCGCACUCUGAUGACUCGAUUGAUUGUCGUCAGGAAAGCACGUGUGCUAGUGAUGUUCUGGCCUAUAAUGAGCUCAUUCAGGACAUGGAGAGCGCUAUGAAGUCAAUGGUGGAUAUGACACCUCUUGCAAGAAUUGGUUCGAAUGAAGAACAGGAAGAAUUCGACGACCUGCCCACGGAGACAGCAACAGACAAGGUCCAGACUUCAAAGAUUCAUCUUAAGAUGCGUGCAAUCGACAAGCCAAAUCUGAGUUUUAGCAAGCCUCUUGACCGCAUCCACUCGCUACGGUAUGACGCUAAGGUUUGUGCAAGCAACAGCAGCAAAGCAAGCAAUGGAAGUGGCUCUUUCAAUGAACACAGCUUGAAAAGAACAACCGUUAACUGUUCAGUCAGAAGCAACACCAGUCCAGUGACAUUUUGCUCACGUAGUAAGACUCCCUUUUCAGUGAAAGAAGAAGGUGUUGUCCUCUUUGAUCCUCAAAAUGUACAUGUGAGGACUCCAUUUCAGCGCUCGUGUUCGCGUGACGAAGCAACAAUCAAAGCAAAACGAGAACGACGUGCUGCUGCAGCUGAACCAAGACGUCGGUCGCUUCCUAUCAACAUUUUUAACCUGCAACAUCGGCAAGAAAUGCUCAUACAGCAGCAGUUGCGAAAGCGCUCAGUUAGGCAACAAUAUGAGGGCCCGCUUGGAGUACAACCUUCCUUAUUGGAAAGCGUCGAUCCUCCGCUGUUGAGUCGUGCUCGAAGCGACUCGCUCCACUCAAUGACGGACUUGUUUCUCUCAAAAACUGGGGACACGCACGGCGUUCAAGUUACAAGUCCUGCCAUUACCACGACUGGCUCAACUAUUCCAGCUUCAAGUCGUGCUAAUCGAGGAGCAGCCAAAAGAACGACAACGCGUCGCCAUUCAGGCAGUAAUGUGGUCUAUAUCAAUGGUGAUGGACUUUGCAUUGGCAAGUUUAUCAACGUUGGCAAUGUACCAGGUGUGGUGCGUUUUAUUGGCACAACGCGCUUUGCAGUUGGCACGUGGGUAGGCAUUGAGCUAUACGAACCAAAAGGCAAGAACAGCGGCACUAUUAACGGAGAAAAAUACUUCAGCUGUGCACCAAAUCAUGGCAUUUUCAUUCGUGCCAGUCGUUUGGGCCUUACACUGCAAUGA